AUGGUCUGGGAUCUGGAGGCUGUUCGCAUCACCUGUUUGCCAGACGAUGCAUUCUACAUCUCAGAUUUUAUCUCCGAAGAGGAGGAGCAGUUGCUGUUACAGAAGGUGAGCAUUGACCAGUUCUUUGCUUCCAAUGUAGCAUCAGCGCCCCUCCCGCGCUGGACACAGCUCGCCCACCGGCGCCUGCAAACGUGGCCCUCAUCGCUCACCAAGAACAACACCCUGCUCGCGACCCCACUACCGGCCUGGCUCACAGUGCCCAUCAUCGCGCCCCGCUUCAAAGAGCUAGGGAUCUUCAAUGAGGCGCCCCACGGCGCCCCCAAUCACGUCCUGGUUAACGAGUAUCGCCCCGGCCAGGGUAUCAUGCCGCACGAAGAUGGACCGGCGUACUAUCCGCUCGUGGCGACAGUGAGCCUAGGCGCUCCCAUCGUGUUGGAUCUAUACGAGAAGACCCAGCCAGAGUCUCAGCACCUGCGAAGCCCCAACUUCAGAGUCUUGCAGGAACGGAGGAGCCUGCUGGUUACGCGGGGCCAGAUGUAUACGGAGUUUCGCCAUGGGAUUGCGGAGAAGCAGGCGGACGCGGAUCUCGGUGCGGAGACGGUUUGUAAUUGGGCGCUGUUAGGAGAGAAGGAGGCCUUUGCGGGCGGAUCGUAUGAGCGGCAGACAAGGACCAGCCUGACAUACCGGGACGUACGCAAGGUUGCGACGAUGGGGCAUACGCUGAAGUUUUUGGGUGGGCGGUGA